CUGAUUGGCGGGAGCGGGACCUCUGGGCGGAGCGCGCUUUGAUUGGCCGAGGCGCGGGCGCUGGGGCAGGCGAUUGGCUGGGGCGGGGAGGGCGGAAGUGGAGAGGCGGUGACGGGAAAGAUGCAGGUCGCUCCGCAGGAUUACCGGAAUGUGCCCAUCGACAUCCAGACCAGCAAGCUGCUGGACUGGCUGCUGGACCGGCGGCACUGCGGGCGGCGCUGGCCGGCGCAGGUGGCGCAGGUGCGGGAGCGGAUCCGGGCGGCGCUGCAGGACAUGCCCGAGCACCCCGAGAUCCGAGCGCUGCUGCAGGGCUCCUACCUGCACUACUUCCACUGCCUGCGCAUCGUGGAGAUCCUCAAGGGCACCGAGGCCUCCACCAAGAACCUCUUCGGGCGCUACUCGUCCCAGAGGAUGAAGGACUGGCAGGAGAUCGUGUCCCUCUACGAGAAGGACAACGCCUACCUGGCCGAGCUCUCGAGCCUGCUGGCGCGCAGCGUCGGCUACGAGCUGCCGGCGCUGCGGCGGCAGCGGGGCCGCUGGCAGCAGGCGCAGCAGGAGCUGGCGCGGCGCGAGGACGAGUGCCAGCUGCGGGCGGGCGAGCUCCGCGAGCGCUUCCUGAGCUCCUGCCGCCAGUACGGCAUCGCCGGCCAGGACGUGCGCCAGGAGCUGCUGGCUCAGGUGCAGGCGCUGCCGUCGCUGCUGUCCCGCAUCGGGGACGGCGCCAGCGCCCUCGGGGACGCCAUCGAGCUGUACCAGGCCUGCGUGGCCUUCGUGUGUGACAGCCCCGGGGCCGAGGCGCUGCCGCUGCUGCGGCUGGCGGUGUCGCACGGGAACUGCUCGGUGUUCCGGUGGCGCACGGGGCGGGAGCCGCAGCGGCUGGAGCGGCCCGAGCCGCGCGAGGCACCGGAGCCGCCCCGCGAGGACACGAUUGAUUGGGGGGAUUUCCCCGCGGAGCCGCCCCAGGGCGGGGACAUCGACUGGGGCAUCACCGUGGAGCCCGGUCCCCAGGGGGACGAUGGCAUCGAUUGGGGUGAUGGCAAGAAGGGACAGGAGGGGACGAUCACAGCAGAGCCCAGUCCCCAGGGGGACGAUGGCAUCGAUUGGGGUGAUGGCAAGAAGGGACAGGAGGGGACGAUCACGGUGGUGGAGUCUGGAACUGAGGCCCCCGAGGACGUUGCCCGCGGCUCGGACGCGCUGACCCUGCUGGAGAACCCCGAGACUCGGAACCAGUUCAUCGACGAGCUGAUGGAGCUGGAGCUGUUCCUGGCGCAGCGGCUGCUGGAGCUGGAGGACGAUGCGGACGUGGUGGCCAUGAGCCAGCUGCAGGCGGCCCCGGCGGCGCUGCAGGGCCAGAGCGGCGCGCGGCUGCGGGCCCGGCUGGCCACGGCGCGGGAGCUGCUGGCCCAGCUGUGCUCCCGCAGCGUGCAGCACCUCUGCAUGAUCCUCGCCUCGCCCAGGUACGUGGAGCGGGUGACAGCCCUGCUGCGGCAGCAGCUGCUGCAGGCCGAGCUGCAGCUGGCCAAGAGGGACGCGCUGGGGCAGCGGCGCCGCCAGGCCCUGGCCGAGCAGGCGGCGCUGGAGCCGCGGCUGCAGCGGCUGCAGGAGAGCACCAGGGAGCUGCAGCGGCUGGUGAGGGACGGGGGGACAUCAGCCUGGGACACCUGGGGACAUCAGACUGUGACCGCUAAGGGACAUCAGGCGGUGACACCCGAGGGACACGGGGGUCCUCAGGGGGUCCCGCCCCUCCCAGCCCCGGUGCCGCGGGGUUUGGGGGUGUCGGUGAAUAAACCCAAAUUUUGUGUCACAUCGAGCUGGGUUUGAGGGGGGAGAGGAGCCGCGUGUCACCGAGGGGGAGCGGGGACAGGGACAGAGACAGGGACAAGGACAGGAGAGUGGGAGGCGAGAGCUGGAGCCGGGCUGGGACCCCCUCUUAGCCCUCCCUCCCCCUGGGGGGUCGCACAGCCCCCGGCCCGGGGGUGCGGGGUUUCGAAUUCACGGCAGA